GCCUGCAGUGUGUGCUUGCAUUUCUGUGCCGCCAGUGCACGAUUCCGACGACCUGGAUAAGUCUGUCAUGAUUUCCCCAUCGCUGGUACUAUCCAAAGUGGCUAGUCCCUCGCCAUCUGUUUCCACAAACAUGACUAGCUGUCUUGCAGUCCCUUCGAUUGCCAUGUCAUCUCGCUACGUAACCCGUCAUUUGCCUAUGGACAGACAGAAAAGUCGGCAUCAUCAUGCUUGGGGUUUCGUCACGUAAGAAGCGCCAGCACACGCCACUGCCAGUUGGAAAACGGAGCUGUCAAGCAGCAAGGGCUACAAACAACGUGCAAAAGUUAAGCUGACAGCAG